AUGAUGAUGAUGAUGAAUCGGAUAUAUGAUAAUGGUGAUGAUGAUUAUGAUUCGGAUAUUGAUGAUGAUGAUGAUGAUGAUGAUGAUGAUGAUGAUGAUGAGGAUGAUGAUGAUUCGGAUGAUGAUGAUUCGGAUGAUGAUGAUGAUUCGUUGAUGAUGAUGAUUGUGAUGAUGAUGUUUCGGAUGAUGAUGAUGAUGAUGAUGAUCUCGGAUGAUGAUGAUGAUGAUGAUGAUGAUGAUGAUGAUGAUGAUGAUGAUGAUGAUGAAUCUGAUGAUGAUGAUGAUGAUGAUGAUGAUGAUGAUGAUGAUGAUGAUGAUGAUGAUGAUCAUGAUGAUGAUGAUGAUGAUGAUGAUGAUGAUGAUGAUGAUGAUGAUGAUGAUGAUGAGACAUGA